AUUUGUUUACCCAUAACAAAAUAUUGAAUAUGAUUUGAUUUCUAACUCUUUUUAAUAUGAACAAAAAAUAGUGUAAUGGCGAGUCGCAGAAAUUAUUUAUUUUAGUUUGUUUAGACAUAAAAUAAGUAAUCUAUUGGUAUCGUAGUAAUUUUCUCCCAAUGAAAUCCAAACGUGGUUUUUAUGAUGUUUUUGUUAAAACCUGUGCAGUUAAUCCUUCCAAAAAAGCCGUACGCCAAUAUAAAAAUGAAACCUAUAAUACUUACACAUAUUCAGAGUUAUUCGGCGUCUGUGAAUAUAUUUCUCAAAUUCUUUUACAACUAGAUUGUAAUAGAGAAGUUAUUGGAUUGGUAACUGACAGAAAUGUAAUAGUUCCUUGUGCUAUAGCUGCAGUCCAUAAGUGCUGUAACUCUUUCAUGUUCUUGGAUCCGGCUCAAAGUAUUGAAAAUGAAAUAAAUGAUAUUAAGUUAAAGAUUAUCAUCUCCAUACAAGAUACCAAUGAAGAUUACUCUAUGAAGUUAUGUGAAAAAAAACCUGAUAAAACUAUUGUUAUUUUUGAUUACACUAUUAACUUUUUUAAACAAGAGAGUAACAAUUUACUUACCAAGAAAUGGGUAAUGGAACAUUGUUUUAUUGCAUCAACUUCAGGAAGCACAGGAAAGAAGAAACAUGUCCAAGUACCAGUGCAAUGUAUUCAACCAAACAUAGAUGACUUAACUAAAUUGUUUAACAUAGAUUCUUCCGAUGUUAUAUACUUUUCAACACCAUUGACCUUUGAUCCAUCAAUGGUUGAAAUUCUCUUAGCUUUCAAAAAUGGUGCAUCACUUUUAAUUGCCCCUGAAUAUAUUGAUAUUUUGUUUCCUCAUAGAAAAGAGUAUUCAAUAACAGUUUGGCAAACUACACCAUCAAAAUUCUUCCAGCAUUCAAACUGUGAUAUUAAAAAUAAAAUUUUAAGUGCUGAUUCAACACUUAAGAUAUUAGCACUUGGUGGUGAGCCACUGAAUGGUGUAAGAAGAUUAAGGGAAUUGAAGCAUGUCAACAACACAUGUAGAAUAUUCACAUUGUACGGAGUUACAGAAAUGUCCUGUUGGGCUUGUGUUGCUGAGUUAGAUUUGAAUAAAAUAACCACAGACCGUGAAGUACCAUUAGGUAACUGCCUUUCGGAAACUCAACUACACAUUGAUUCUAAGAAUUCUAGCUUUAGUGGUUCUGGUAAAAUUAUAUUAGUAAGUAACACAAGAAAAUGUUAUAUUCUAAAUAACAAAAGACCAGGUUCAAAUGAAGAAUGCUCCCUCAAAUUUGUGGACACUGGAGACAUAGGAGAAGUGAGCAAUGGCACCGUUUACUAUAGAGGACGUAAAGAUGAUAUCAUUAAAAGAUUUGGUAACAAAAUCAAUCUACAAUACAUCGAAAACACUGUAAUGCAGUGCUCCGAAGUUAAAACAUGCUCUUGUAUUUGGUUGCCCAAAUUAAUGCUGCUCGUUUUAUAUUAUUCAUCAGAAACAAUCAAAAGCCAUGACCUUUCUAUACUUAUAAAAGGUAAGCUAGAAGAAAAACAUUGGCCAGAUAAAAUUAUCAAGGUUGAUAAUUUACCAACGAAUUUACAUGGAAAGACAUCUAAGCAGAUCCUAUCUACAAUGUUUGAGAAUGAUUUGAAUAAACCGACAAUCCCUGCAACGAAUGCAUUCUUAGAAGAACUCACUUCAAUGUUGAGAACAACACUACCAAUUGAAGAAAUAAAGAACAAAAAUUAUCAAUCAAUUGGAGGUACCUCUUUUCUAGCUAUUGCAAUGUGCAAUAAACUAUCACAUACAUAUCCUCAACUAGGCAAUUUUAUACUACCAUAUUUAAUAUCCAAUAACAAAACAAUUCAAGAUAUUGUACAACUAGUUGAAAAAGAUUAUUCUUAUGAGGAAAUGAAAUCGAAGAAAAGAACCAAAAAACCAGAUUUUAGAUCAAAAAGAUUAGCGUAUGCUUUAAGUGAAGUUUUAGAAUUGGAUAGAAAUCUUGUUGAAUUUCAAGAAUUAUGGAAAUUUGAUACAGGGAAAUGUGUUGAUGCGUCACCAACAUUAUGUUCAUAUAAAAAUAAGGUGUUUGUAGCCGUUUGCAGUCACUCUGGCAAAAUAGCCGUGAUCGAUACAGAGAGUGGAAGAUUACAAGGUCAGAUAAAACUGAAUUCCCGCAUAGAGGCGUCGAUACAUUGCUUCGACGGCGGAGUGCGCGGUCCUUGCGGCGUGGUCGGCUCCUAUGACGGAACUAUUGUUUGUUUCACCAUACACAAAUGUCAAGAAAUCUGGAGGACGAAUGUUAGAUAUAUGAUCAAAAGUAAAGCGAGCUACAUCCGAGGAGUAAUUUAUGUUGCUUCAUAUGACGGGAUCGUUCGAUGCCUUGAUGCUAUGAACGGUGAAAUAAAACAAACAAUUCAAGUGGCGGAACAAGCGAUAUCAGCGGACACAGUGUUGGCUAAGAACGGGUACAUAAUGGUGGGCACGCUGUCGGGCGUGUGCGCGGGCAUAGACACGCGGGCGCGGCGCGCGGCGUGGCGCGGCAAGCUCGCCAGCCCGGUGUUCGCGCGCCCCGCGCUAUACGACGAUGACAAGUACGUCGUAUUCGCGGAGGUCAACGGUGACGUGCAUUGCAGAACUGUAGAGAAAGGCAUCAAGGUGUGGAAAUAUGAAGGUGCAAGGGGUAACAUUUUUUCUUCAGUGUAUAUAAAAAAUUUGGAUGCAUUAACUUGGCAGUUUAUAUUUGGAUGUCACGACAAUGGAGUGUACAGCAUCACUGUGAAAAACUUUCGUUCAAGUUUACACUGGCGGACUGAGAUGACCUCACCGGUUUACGCUACACCCUGCUGUUUAGAUAACACUGCUAUUAUAGCAACAUCAACAAAUGGAAAAAUGUGCGUGAUAAGUACAGAUAAUGGCACCAUAAUAUCAGAAUAUCAAUUUCCAAAUGAGACAUUCUCAUCUCCAGCCGUUUCUAACGACAAAAUAUUCAUCGGAUGUAGAAAUGACUAUCUGUAUUGUAUUAAAUUUAAGUCAUUAAUAUAAAAACUAGUAUUAUUAUUUAUUAAAAUUGUAAAAUGAUU